GAUUCUAACUUCCGCUCUGAACGAGUUCGGUCAGUUUGAUCGUGACGUGUAGUAUUGCCGAGGAGUCCCUCAAAUUGUGCAUGCUGCUAAUAUGAGGUUAUCCAGUUCUGUUGCCGAUGAUAUAAAGUGAUAAUCUGGAGGGAAAUAAACUCGCAAAGUGUGUUUGAAAAGGUGUUUUGUGAGCAGCUAUGCCUCUCUGUGGGAGCGGAGGUGACGGACGGGCUGUUAAUGUGAUGUGCUUCUUGUUGUCGCUUGCCCUGCUGUUGUUGUUGUCUGUCGGAGUUACUGCAACUCCAGAGGAGGAUAAACCUGUUCAAGAGCAACCACCAGCAGAGAAAGCCACGACUCCUCAUCCAGUGGGCCCAGCAGUCCCUGAAAAUGACUCCAGCAAAGGAAACCUGGGUUUCAUUCACGCCUUUGUGGCCUCCAUCUCUGUCAUCAUCGUCUCUGAGCUCGGAGACAAAACUUUCUUCAUCGCAGCCAUCAUGGCCAUGCGUUACAACCGGCUCACCGUGCUGGCGGGAGCGAUGCUGGCACUGGGACUCAUGACUUGUCUCUCUGUGCUGUUUGGCUAUGCCACCACCAUCAUCCCCAGAAUUUACACAUACUACGUGUCGACUGCCCUGUUCGCCAUCUUUGGCAUACGGAUGCUGAGGGAGGGGCUGAAGAUGAGUCCAGACGAAGGCCAGGAGGAGCUGGAGGAGGUGCAGGCUGAGAUCAAGAAGAAGGAUGAGGAGCUCCAGCGGACGAAGCUGAUAAACGGGGCCCCCGACGUGGAGUCCGGCUCAGGGGCCGGGGCCCCCCAGAAGAAGUGGUUUAGCUUCAUCUCGCCCAUCUUCAUCCAGGCGCUCACACUCACCUUCCUCGCAGAGUGGGGCGAUCGCUCACAGCUCACCACCAUUAUUCUGGCAGCUCGGGAGAAUCCUUUUGGAGUGGCGGUGGGCGGUACACUUGGACACUGUUUGUGCACAGGGUUGGCUGUUAUAGGAGGAAGAAUGAUCGCACAGAAAAUAUCUGUCAGAACAGUCACAAUCAUCGGAGGGAUUGUCUUCCUGGCGUUCGCCUUGUCUGCGCUCUUCAUCAAGCCAGAAGCCUAAUUGGACGAAAGACUUUUCAGGUUUUCUCUGUACAUAAAAAAAGUCAAAUGUGCUGACGUCGCUGUAGAGAGACUUUAGAUUUGAUUCUUUAAGUGUCCUCGUCUCCUCACAAGCCUCUUAACCCAGAGUCAUUUUCUACUUCAGAGGUUUAAAAGACCACUCACUCCUGAUAGUCUUAACCUGCAGUACACACCAAAGACUCAUGGGAGGUGUAGUUUUUUGAAUGAAAACUUUAUAAUGUUUUGUUUAGUGGGAUACACUAAGAAACCCUGAGAAGAAAACGUGGAGUUACAGAGGCUAGUGAGGAGAGUAAAAGAGGGAUGUAGCUCUUAAAGGAGCCGUGUCCUCUUCACCUCGUCACAAGGUGUUUGAUUGUUACUGAACUCCGCCCUCCCACUCGUCUCCAGAAGCUUCAGUUGGCCCCGACAUGCAGUACUUCCCUCUCUCUCUCAGUCAGACAAUGAGCCUGUUUCAUCACUUUAACCCUCUGUCUUUGUUUUUAAAUGUUGAGUUUUGUCUGGUUUCCCCUGAGCCCCGGUGACUGUGGACCGAAGAGACACCUCAGAAUGAUCUGCCAGUUUCCCCAUAAUGUAAAACCAAAUUAUAAUGUGAGAGGAAAAACAGAGGACAGAACAAGAAGCACAUAGAGCAGUGUUUUUAGACAUGAACCACUAGAAUACCUCCAAGUACAGAUUCCUGUUUUGAAUAUGUGUGUGUGUGUGUGUGUGAACGCUGAGCAAAUAGCAACACAUUAACCUACAAAAGGAAUCAGACAUUUAUAAACAUGGUCCUAUUUAACACAUUUUUUAGCUAAAUGAGUUUUUCAGUUUAUCAAGUGCUCUCGUAGGUUCCUUCAGCAACAUGUUUUCUGAUGUCUGACGGAGGUACGACCACAGAAAGUUCUUGUUUUUUAGUCACUGACAGGCUCAUGAGGUUAUUCUACGUGUUAAAGAAAGGAUCCCUUCCUUCUUUUAAAGAGGAAGAACCUUUUUUUAAAAGCAGAAAUACCUUACCUUACAUCACACUCCUCAAAGCCACCAGACCCCAUUUACAAAUCCAGUGAUUUAACCUCGAGGGGAGAGUAGCUGCUCUCCUGCUGCUUCUGGUUGUUUGUGUCAUUGUUUUACAUUAGAGUUUAAAAAUUGGUAGUCCAGAACCAAAACCACAUCUGUUGUAACGCAUCAUAACACACGACAACAAACAAACAGAAGACCAGAAACUCUUGUGUUCUGCAAAGUGAAAUCAUGUGAGGUCAAAUGACUGUUUCUGUCAAAAGAGUUUGAUGACUUUGAAGAGAGCAAGCUUCUAUUUAUGGUUAAAAAACAUAAAGCUCUAUCUCUGUAGGGAUCCUUUGUGUAAUGUUGUCAGACAUUAACGGUGUGAGCCUGUCAGGGAGCAACACAACAACUUAUCGUGGAUGUGCUUUGAUUUGAGUUCCAGCUCUACAGGAGGAGCAGAUCUUAAGCUUUUUGUUUACCAUAAAACUUCAAUUAAUAGUCUGGGCUUUAAUUUACUUAAGUCUGUUAAAUGACCCCCGCCCCCUAUUUGGGACAGGCAUCAGUACAAGACAGGUGUUUAAGUUCUUUUCAAACAAACCUCGUGCACAUCAAAGAUGGGAAGUACCAUUAAAACAGUAGAUUAACACCAGAAAGAAAAGUUAACUGUGCACAACGUUAGGAUAUAAACAAAUCAAGUUACAAAUCAAAAAUUAGAUUUAGCUUUUUUAAGACUGCUGGCACACAUACGAGCAUCAUUCUGUCUUUCUUGGACACAAAAAAAUUCAUCUUUUUUUUCUCCACAUUGAAACUCUGAAAAUGAAUCAACACUAAUUGAGAAACAUGCAGCUACACCAGGUUAGUAAAGGGGACUGGGCCUUUAAUUGGGAUGGGCUUUUAUUUUGAAGUUUUACGGUAUUUGUAAUUCAGACACCAAGAUAUCUAAAAAAUAGAGCCCAGAGUCCAAAUACUACCCUUCAUUAAAAACUCACCAGCACCUCUUAAAAAGCUCAUUUUGUUAAGUGGAUUUUAUUGAUCAGGGUACUUCUCAUAUCCUGUUCCUGCUGCCAGUAUAAUAAAUCAGACUGAAUAAAGGCCAGUACACCUCCUCAGGUUAACUCUGAGUUUAAGCCUCGCUGACUCCUCUGCUGCUGAAACAAAAUCACAAAACACCACAACAGGUACUGAACGAAAGACAGAAAGAAAGCCAGUGAUUGAUCCUUUAAGACAAACCUACAGCAUGAAUAUGCGUCACUCCUUUAGCCAGCUGUGUUUGUAGUUACAGUGACACCUGAACACAGCAGUGUAGUCCACGCCUACGUCUCACCUUUUAUUUAAACUAUAAACUACACUAUUUAUUUAGCUCAAUGUCUUUCUGUUUUCAUGUACUGUAGACUCAGACAGAGGGAGGGGAGGUCACUACAAACAAGACAGCAAAUAUUUUUAUAGGUGAUUGUCAAUAUUUGACGGACUCUUCUCAACUGUGAAGUAUUUCUGUUUGUGAUAACAGGUGGGCUGACAUGUAUAUAAAUCUCAAACACUCAAUAAAAAUGUUUCAUGUGU